AUGGAUGAGGAUGUAGAGUUCCAGGUGGCAAUCGCUGCGAGUUUGGCCGAAGCGCAGCCAAAGCAAGAGCGACAACGAAACCUUGAGGUGGUUGAUCCUACUGUUGACAGCCCCACAUCAGAAGACGAGGAGGCUCGGUUCGAGCGCGAGCUAGCUCUCGCUCUUGAAGCAUCUAAGAAACGUUCUUUCGUCGUUGCUCCUACUCGCUCGUCUCCUACCGCGUCUUUAGCUGCGCAUGCAACUGCCUCAUCUGCCUCUGCCGUGGCGACACCUCCGCUCAGUGAACCUCUGUCGUCUGUUAUCUCAACUCCUGGACAGAUUAUGGAAGCUGGUCCCUCUAGCUCUGUAUCCUCUUUUAUGAGCGAACGUGCCAUGCUGGAACGAGAGCGACUGGCGCGACAAAAGCGGCACCUCGAGGAGCGAUCAAUUAAGACUAAUACCAAGCGCCAGCGAACUGAGUCACCAACACCAGAUCCAUCUAGUGCUCCGAGCUCUCCUGAUUUCAAGCACAAUGCCCUUCCCAGACAGGCAGGAAAGACGACCUUGGAUCCCAGUAAUGGAUACUUUUGGGAUGGAGAGAUCCGCCAGACGACCAAUACGCACGUCAAGGUCGACCCAAACAGACCAAGAUUCAAAAUUACGGAUAUUGUAUCUCCUGCCUCUGAUCUCGAAUUUGUCCUCUUGUCAUCAUAUUGUACCGAUACACCGUGGUUAACAACGUUCUUGCCCCGUGAGAUCCCAGUUCUCCUUGUGGUUGAUCCAGAUCCGAGCCAGAGACACGAUGCAAGUCUCAAAAACCUCGGAAUUGGUGACUGGCUUCGUGUCACUCCCCGGAUAUGGCAAUCCCGAGGCGUGAUGCAUAUCAAAGUAUUACUUCUCUUCUACAAGUCUGGGCGAUUACGAGUUGCUAUCCCAACAGCGAAUUUAGUUGAUUACGACUGGCGGGACAUUGAGAAUACCGUAUUCGUUCAAGAUCUCCCACCUAUCACUGAUUCCUCGGCCGAUCCCCAAUCACACGAUUUCCCUACAUACCUUUGGGGCGUGCUCAAAUCCUUGAAUGUCCCAGCCGGUCUUCUCAACCUCGUUAACUCAGGUUAUCCUUCCCUUCCUCUACAAUCACUCCAGAACCUGCAAGACAAGUGGGAUUGGUGCAAGAUGCGCGCCAGACUGGUCGCGAGCGUGGCAGGAAACUACGAAGGUUGGUAUAAUGUCAGGAUGUACGGACAUCCGAGGUUAUCUGCGAUCAUCCGAGAUUCUAGAGCACAGCCCAAGAAGGGCAAAGUGUUGAAUAUUGAAUGCCAGGGUUCAUCAGUGGGGAACUGUACCACCCAGUAUCUGAACGAGGUGUACAAGUCGUGUUGCGGGAUCGACCCAAUCUCGUGGAUUGACAUACCCAUGUCGCGGCAGGUAAGACAGCCUUGGCCGCCCGUCAAGAUCCUCUUUCCAACUUUGAAGACAGUUGAUGAUUCGGUAUUUGGUCGAAAUGGCGGUGGAUCGUUCUUUUGCAAGAAGCCAUAUUGGUCCAAACUAGGGUCACCCAAGGAAUUGUUUUACAGUGUGAAAGCAAAGGACGGUCAGGUGUUGAUGCACACUAAGAUGAUCGUCGGCACGUACAAGACCGGUUCCCUCCCAGUGCUUCGCCCGGCACCAUUAGCUCUUCCUGCCAGUGGGAAGGGAAAGGCGAAAGAGAAACCAGAGGUGAUUGUGCUCUCUAGCGAUAGCGAGACGGAGGCAAGUACGACCGAAGACGAAGAGGAUGCUGGAGAGCAAAAAACGCCAGAGGCUUGGGUCUACAUGGGCAGCCAUAACUUCACCAUGGCGGCAUGGGGGACCGUCAGUGGCUCAAUUUUGGUACCGAAGCUUAAUAUUUCGAAUUUCGAAAUGGGUAUUGUCCUUCCAAUUGAGGACCAGAAAGAGCUGGAAAGGAUCGUACCUUGGGAGCGGCCGCCAAGACGAUACGGGCCCAAGGACGUGCCCUGGAUGCAGGAAGAGCAUCGAAAUUCAGACGAGCCCACUUGGCGACAGCUGGCUGCGACAGAUUGAGCGAGGUGUCAU